AUGUAUAUCAGGACUCUCCACGCGUGGACCCUGACGCCCGUCACGUGCUGCGCUCAGCUGCACUGAUGUUAGAUCUGCACAACAUGUAGAGGACAUUGUAGACGGUGUGAGGUCCGUCCAGGAGCUCUGAAGUCAGUUUGGCCCAACGGCUGGGACAAGCGUCCGAACAACAACGCAGUUAUCGCUUUGACGUACUUCACUAUAUAACCAACAUUUAAAUGCUGCUGUUUACAUUUAUGUAUCUGCACUUCUGCUGAGGACGCUUCUAGAGUCACCUCAGUGUCCAGCAUGGCAGGCUGUGGAGAAGUGGACUGUUCAGUGAAUUCCCUGGCUCCCUCCAAGCUGAUAGAGGAAGUAGGAGACACUACAGACUCUUCCAGUUCCACCACCAUAACCCCGGAGUGUGCCAUCUGCCUCCAGAGCUGUAUCCACCCGGUACGCCUCCCGUGCUUCCACGUUUUCUGUUUCCUGUGUGUGAAAGGUGCUUCCUGGCAGAGCAAGCGCUGUGCUCUCUGCCGACAAGAAGUCCCAGAGGACUUCCUGGAGCGGCCGGUCCUCCUGUCGCCCGAAGAGCUGAAAGCGGCGGCUGCAGGGGUGAGCCUAAGUGGAGCGACCGGUAGUGGUUCCCGGCGAGACUAUGCAUGGUACUAUGAGGGGCGCAACGGCUGGUGGCAGUAUGAUGAGAGGACCAACCGUGAGCUGGAGGAGUCCUUUGCUAAGGACAAGAAGAGCACAGAGAUGCUGAUUGCUGGGUUUCUGUACGUGGCCGACCUGGAGAACAUGGUGCAAUAUCGGCGAAAUGAGCAUGGCCGCAGACGCAAGAUAAAGCGGGACAUUGUAGAUAUCCCCAAGAAGGGCGUUGCGGGACUGAGGUUAGACCCCGAACCUGUCCCCAUUCUUUCUGUGCCAGUUGUCACCCCAGCUGCAACAGAGCGCGUCAGUUCAGCGGAUGGAUCGGACACUGAUGGCCAAUCACAAACUUCAUUCUUUGGGAUUAUGGCAUCUCUUCCCCCUGUUAGACCUCCAACACUCCUGGGGCACCAUCUUACCAGUCCCCUUCCUCCCACGCCAUCAAGCGUGGAAGAGUCCUUCUCCCAGCUCCUAAUCAGCCAGCCAGGCGAUGAAGAGGUGGAAGGAGACGAUGAGCUACAGACGUACGAGUAUGCGUCCGGCAGCGGUGAAAGUGAGGAGGAGGAAAGGGAGUGCGAGAGAGGGGGAGCAGAAUCGAUGCGGAGACACAGGCAAAGACCGUUAACAGAGAGCCAGCCGGCCAGGAUGCCUCCGAGGGGCGGGCCUUCCAGCUCCGCUCUCAGUCUCCGCUCACGGAGUCCUGAUGGACAGUGCACUGUUACAGAAGUGUGACUGGGCAACGGUGCUCAACCUUUCAUCAGGUUGACAAAAAAAAA